CGCCGCUCAACGUAAAAUGUUGUGAGGCAUUUUAACCCCAACAAAGUAUCGCUGUAUUUCUACCGAUUCCCCGAUUCUGGUCAUGGUUUUUCUUCUCAAACUAUUGGCCCUUUUGGCAGUGGCCGUCAUUUCUAUCCAUAUGACCCUUGCACUGGAGUUUAUGGAUGAAGGAAACGAUGAGGGUCAUCAUUUUGAUGAGGAGUUCUCUGCUGAGGUGCCUGGAGUUUUAACAGGUUAUACCAGAGAUACAAUCGCACAUUUCAAUCCCCGAAAAGCCGAUGCUGGAUUUCGACAAUUAUGGGAACGAGUUCCCCCUGAAAAAGUCGAUGUGAUUAAGAGGAGAUAGAGAAACUUAGUCAUAGCUACGUUUACCCACUCAAACUCAUGACCAAAUAUUAUUAAAAUACAAUUACUUUAAAGGAAACCCUAUCAUAUAACGCGAAUAUUUUAUACUUGGAAUAAUACUUUAUUUAUGCACUUAAAGUGCCGAAUUUUGUAACUAAUCAAACAUACCUUAAGUGUAGAAAAACCUUGAACCUGUAUUGAUAUAGAUAAAUGAUGGAAUAAAGGCAAUAUUAAAAAAAUA